AUGACAAGUAAUGUUGACUUGUCGAAAGUGGAUAAAUCGGCUCAAGAUGCUUACAAUUUGAGCGAAGCGUAUCGAUUCAAGGAGCAAGCAAAUGCUCGAUACAGUGCAAAAGAUUAUGGUGCGGCAAUCUAUUUGUAUCACCAAUGUUUAUUGCGUGCUCGAGCUAUUCAACAGCUUUCACAAUUUGGAUUGCAGAGUCUAGCUCGUAUGGAACGCAACUUAGAUGAGUCGGUAGGCAACCAGGAAGAAAGUGGAAGUGCGGAAGGGAGUAGCAAAGUUGUUGAUGUGAAUGAUGUUGCUGAUGAAUCAUCAGAUGCUGAAAAAUUUGGCGAACGGCGCAAAAGAAUUAGUUCAACAAGUCGAGGUGAAGAAAUGAAAACAGAAGCAACUGAUAUCGCAUUAAAGUGUUACAGUAAUUUAGCAGCAUGUAUUUUGAAGGGACAGAAUCGUACUGAACCCGACUUUCUUCGUGCUGUGGAAUACUGUGAUAAGGUUUUGUCGGUGCAACCUUCGAAUGAAAAAGCUUUAUAUCGUAAAGGAUUGGCGCUUUCAAAGGUAAACAUGUACGAAAAAGCAAUCGCAGUACUACAAAAGUGCAGUUUCAGUAAUCGUGGAGCUCAAAUAAUAAUUGAUGAAUGUCAGCAGUUAUUAGCAGAAGAACGACGACGGCGAGAUGAUCAAAUUCGACGUAAUUUUUCACGUUCAUUUGGAGCUAGAAUAAAUGGACAAAAUUUGCUACAGGAAUUUAAUGUUGGUGCUGCGAAUCAGGUAAUAACAAUGAAUGGGAAUGCUACUGCAAAUUCAUCUAGCGAACACCACCUUAAUAUUCAGCAACAGAACUAA